AUGGCUUAUUACUUUGAACAGUAUCAGCGACUGAAGUUUGAAGUAUUCGCUGUAGAUGCUUCUGGAGAAAUCUCGGAAGAGGAUCUCAUAACAUUGCAAAUAAAUGGAACAGACUUGGAUAAAAAAGACUUCCUUGGCAAAUCUGAUCCUUAUUUGGAAAUAAUGCGCAAGGAUGAGAAUGACGAGUAUGUGUGUGCCUAUCAAACGGAAGUCAUUAAAAAUACAUUAAAUCCAAAAUGGGACGCAUUUAUCAUUUCGGCUUAUGACUUAUGCGAGGGUGAUUAUUCCAGACCGAUAAAAAUCAGUUGCUAUGAUUGGAAUCGAGAUGGAAACCCGGACUACAUUGGAGAAUGUAUGGUUUCAGUGGAUGAACUUAAACGUGCAUCAGCAUCAACGACCACUUUACAAUUAAUAAAUGAAAAAAAAAAAAACAAGAAGAAAAAAUAUAAAAACUCCGGAGAAUUGCAUGUAGUUCAAUGUGAAAUUGAACCUCAACCAAUUUUUGUGGACUAUAUCAAGAACGGCACUCAAAUCAAUUGCACUGUCGGCGUUGACUUUACCGCCUCAAACGGAAAUCCUAGACAUCCAUCCUCGCUCCAUUACAAUGAUCCUGAUGAUCUCAAUGUGUAUCAGCGAGCUAUUGUGGCCGUUGGUGCAAUUUGUCAAGAUUAUGAUACCGACAAGAUGUUUCCUGCCCUUGGAUUCGGUGCCAAAUUAUCCAGUGGUGUAAUCUCUCACGAUUUUUUUUUGAAUGGAAGUAGCGAUGAUCCAAACUGCGAUGGAAUAGAAGGCGUUUUAGAAGCCUAUAAGCAAUCUCUUUCUAAUGUCCAACUUUAUGGUAAUGUUAAGAUCUUUAAAAGUGGACCUACCAACUUUGCUCCGAUUAUUUCCCAUGUAUCAAAGCAAGCCCAACAAGCUGAUGAAAAUCCUGGCAGUUCUUUAUGUUUUAGUUAUCAAAUCUUGCUAAUGGUAACUGAUGGUAUUAUUUCGGAUAUGGAUGAAACUAAACUUGCCGUGAUCAAAGCUUCUGGAUUACCAAUGUCGAUCAUCAUUGUUGGUGUUGGCGAUACAGACUUUGAUGAAAUGGAUGAAUUGGAUUCGGAUGAACAAUUGCUAUCAUUCGAAGGUAACACUGCAGAACGCGAUAUUGUUCAGUUUGUCGAAUUUCAAAAAUUUUUGGAGGAUGGACAAAUCACACACUCGAGUGCCAUAAAUUUAGCACGUGAAGUUUUAGCAGAGGUUCCGAGGCAAAUAUUGGAGUAUAUGAGAUUGAAAAAUGUUGCACCCAACAAAAGCAAUUAA